AUGCCCCCGUCCACCCCCCCCAACCUGGACUCCCUCGGCGCGUGGCUCGCGCUCCUGACGCGGUCGUCCUACCUCCUCUUCGUCGCGGUCCUCCUCGCGUGGUUCGGACGUCUCGCGUGGUUCGACCGCGAGACCGACGGCGCGGUCUCGUUCAACUACCACCCGCUCUUCAUGGGGCUCGCGUUCGUCGUCCUCAUGCCCGAGGCUUUGCUCGCGUACGCGGACCUGGAAGAGCGCCGCGGGUUCGGUCACGCCGCCGCGAAGAAGAUGCACGCGUGGGCGCAUAUCGCGGCGAGCGUCUGCAUCCUCCUCGGGUUGAUCUUCGUCUUCGCGAACCACUCCGCGAAGGGCAUCCCUGCGCUUUACAGCGCGCACAGCUGGAUCGGUUUAACCGCCGCGAUGUGUACGUUUCUGCAAGCUAUCGUCGGGUGCGUCGCGUACGCGCUGCCGACACUGUUCGGCGUGGGAGGGGAGUCGCGCGCGCGGCUGCUGCCGGCGCAUCGAUUCGCGGGCGCGGCGACGCUCGCGCUGGGCGCCGCCGCGUGCGUCGCGGGGUUCGUCGAGAAGCAGUCGUUCACGAAGUGCGCUCCGGACGCGUCGGAUAAACGGUGCGCGGCGCUGAGUUUGGUGAACGUCCUCGUGUUGCUCGUCGCGUCCACGGCGACGUGCGCGUUGGGGACCGUGUACGCGCGGUGGGUGGGGGGGGGGGGGAGCGGCGGCGGGAGCGACGGCGCGAAUCAAGGGUCGUAUCAGACCCUCGGGGAGGACUUCUGA